GGUUUAGUGAGUGAGCGAGUGAUAGUGGUAGAGAAUUGAGUGUACCCUUCAAUCACCAGUCACUACCAUGUAUAGAUUUGUGGGCUGCAGAGGAAUCAGAGCCAGAGCUGCCCAGAAGGGCUUAGGUUGGCUCAGUUCAUUCACUCUUUCAAGAUCUGUUCAUUCUUUGCCUUUUGCAACAGUAGAAGCUGAGGAGAUAUCAGGUUCUCAGCCUGCGGAAGUGCAGAACUUGGUGCAGGGGAAGUGGACAGGAUCUUCAAGUUGGAAUACAAUUGUGGAUCCUUUAAAUGGAGAACCAUUCAUUAAGAUUGCUGAAGUAGAUGAAACAAGAAUUCAGCCAUUUGUGGAGAGCUUGUCCAAGUGCCCCAAGCAUGGACUGCACAAUCCCUUUAAAUCACCAGAGAGGUAUCUUUUAUACGGCGAUAUAUCUGCAAAGGCAGCCCACAUGCUUUCUGUGCCAAAGGUUUCCAAUUUCUUCACUAGGUUAAUACAAAGGGUUGCUCCAAAGAGUUAUCAGCAAGCUCUUGCUGAAGUUCAAGUUACUCAAAAAUUUCUGGAGAAUUUCUCUGGUGAUCAGGUUCGUUUCUUGGCAAGGUCUUUUGCAGUACCUGGCAAUCAUCUUGGACAGCAAAGUCAUGGUUUCCGAUGGCCAUAUGGUCCUGUAGCUAUUAUUACUCCCUUCAAUUUCCCAUUAGAGAUUCCGGUACUUCAGAUGAUGGGUGCACUAUACAUGGGCAACAAACCUGUUCUUAAAGUUGAUAGCAAGGUAUGCCUUGUUAUGGAGCAAAUGAUGCGGCUUCUUCACUACUGUGGGCUGCCAGUGGAAGAUGCAGACUUCAUAAAUUCUGAUGGAAAGACAAUGAACAAACUAUUAUUGGAGGCAAAUCCCCGUAUGACCCUCUUUACUGGUAGCUCAAGAGUUGCAGAUAAGUUGGCUGUUGACCUUAAGGGUCGUAUUAAAUUGGAAGAUGCAGGGUUUGACUGGAAAGUUCUAGGGCCUGAUGUAAAUGAGGUGGAUUAUGUUGCAUGGGUUUGUGACCAGGAUGCAUAUGCCUGCAGUGGUCAGAAGUGCUCUGCACAGUCAAUAUUAUUCAUGCAUGAGAACUGGUCAGGUACGUCACUUAUAUCCAAAAUGAAGGAUCUUGCAGAGAGAAGAAAAUUAGAAGAUCUAACAGUUGGUCCUGUUCUCACAUUUACAACUGAAGCAAUGGUAGAGCACAUGAAUAAAUUACUUCAGAUACCAGGUUCAAAGCUACUCUUUGGUGGCAAACCUCUGGAGAAUCAUUCCAUUCCAUCCAUAUAUGGUGCAAUAAAACCAACAGCCAUUUAUGUUCCUCUUGAAGAAAUUUUGAAAGAGAGCAAUUAUGAGCUGGUAACAAGAGAGAUAUUUGGACCGUUCCAGAUUAUUACUGAUUACAAGAUAGAUCAACUUCCACUGGUUUUGGAAGCUCUGGAGAGGAUGCAUGCUCAUUUAACAGCUGCAGUCGUUUCAAAUGAUCCUCUGUUUCUGCAGGAAGUUAUUGGAAAAACGGUAAAUGGGACUACAUAUGCUGGAAUAAGAGCAAGAACAACUGGGGCUCCUCAGAAUCAUUGGUUUGGACCAGCAGGAGACCCAAGAGGUGCAGGAAUUGGAACACCAGAAGCCAUAAAACUAGUCUGGUCUUGCCAUAGAGAAAUAAUAUAUGAUGUUGGUCCCCUGCCAGGGCAUUGGGAAAUUCCACCAUCAACGUGAUGAGCCAAAAUUGACCACAAAGAUAGAGGCUUUUGUUAUGCUUGAAUCUGCAAACAAGCUACUAUAGGUGUCUUUAAUGCACCGAGUCUCCCCUCUAUGUGAGAGUUUGAGGAAAUUUUGAAUAAGACAAUGUAGCAUCGAAUCAUUCAACCUGCUAUUACUCCUUAGCUUUUGAAAUAAAAUGAAAGAAAGUUUGUGUUAUUGACC